GAAGUUGCUGGAACAAACAAUACAUUCUUUUGGCUGCCUGUUUUCUCAGGCAGCCUCUUUAAGGGGGCUGGGGUCAUUCCAGGGAUGUGGUCUUAAACUGUUAGAAGGGACUUCCGUGUUUAUCCAAGUCUUUAUAAGCCAAGGAUGACAACCAAGCAAGAGGAGCAUUCAGGGGAGACUGAAUAGAGUUUCUCACCUUUGUUCCCUUCUGGAGAAAGCCUGAGGAAUCUUCAGUGCUGGUUAUUUCUGUGAAGGGAGCACCAGACCCACACAGAUGAACCAAACAAGCCAGCCUGGCCUCUCUGGGCCUGGAGACUCAGCUGACAAGGUGCGCCCUCGGAGCCCGGUAGCCGCGGAUCACUGCGCCGCGUACGCGAGGAUGGAUGAGCCUUGGUGGGAUGGGCGCGUCGCCUCGGACGUCCACUGUACCCUGCGCGAGAAGGAACUGAAGCUGCCCGCCUUCCGUGCCCACUCCCCUCUCUUGAAGAGCCGCCGGUUCCUUGUGGACAUCCUGACCCUUCUGAGCAGCCACUGCCAGCUCUGCCCCACAGCCCGGCACCUGGCCGUCUACCUGCUGGACCACUUCCUAGACCGCUAUAAUAUCAUCACCUCCAAGCAACUCUACGCUGUGGCCGUCUCCUGCCUCCUGCUCGCAAGUAAGUUCGAGGAUCGGGAAGACCAUGUGCCCAAGCUGGAGCAGAUCAACAGCACGAGGAUCCUGAGCAGCCAGAACUUCACCCUAACCAAGCAGGAGCUGCUGGGCACGGAGUUGCUGCUCCUGGAGGCCUUCUGCUGGAAUCUCUGCCUGCCUACCCCUGCCCACUUCCUUGACUACUACCUCUUGGCCUCUGUCAGUGAGAAGGACCACCACUGCCAUAGCUGGCCCACCAUCUGCCCCCGCAAGACCAAAGAAUGCCUCAAGGAGUAUGCCCACUACUUCCUCGAGGUCACCCUGCAAGAUCAUAUCUUCUACAAAUUCCAGCCCUCCGUGGUGGCUGCAGCCUGCGUUGGGGCCGCUAGGAUUUGCCUUCAGCUUUCUCCCUACUGGACCAGAGACCUGCAGAGGAUCUCCAACUACUCCCUGGAGCAUCUCAGCACAUGCCUGGAAAUCCUGCUGGUGUCAGUGCCCCUGUGGUCCUUCCGAGCUUCGGAAAUUACGAGAGCAUAUGACAACAUCCUCAAGGACGCCGUUGCUGUCAAGAGCCAGGCCCUGGCGAUGGUUUCUGGCAACUCCUCCACCCCCACACAGGUGCUUUUCCAGCCGCCCGCCUAUCCGGCCCUCAGCCAGCCAGCGACCCCGGCCCUGCCUCCGUUCCAGACCCCGGUGCAGGACCUGUGCCUGGCCUAUCGGGACUCGCUGCAGGUCCACCGUCCUGGGAGCCUGCUCUCGGGGGGGCCUGGCUCAUCCCUCCCCACCCCGUACCCGGCCCUCCAGCCCCUGGACCUCUGUCCCCUACGCCUCCCCACAUCCCUCGGCAUGCAGAUGGCCAUCACAGCCGAACCCAGGCACUGCCUGUCCACCACCUACGGAAGCAGCUACUUCAGCAGCAGCCACACAUUUCCCACGGGCUGUUUCGACAGAUAGGCCGGCCACCUUUGGGCCUGCAGAAGGCCUGGGACCCAGGCAGAAGGGGGACCCAAUGGAGCUGGGGUCCCCGCAGAGCCUUACUAUCCUUGGAUGGAGAAGAUUCACGUUCUUUUUAAGUAGAACUGACCCAGAGCAAAAUAGUCAGUUAUAUACCUCACCCAAGAACAUCCUCCAGGAAGUGUCGUCCUUGGACAUCCUCCACUUACUGCCUGGAGACCAGAGGGUGGCUCGGUGCCACUCCCUGGAGCAGGGUCCCAGAGAAUACAGCAAGACCUGGUAAGAAGCCAGGCAGGGAGACUGGGAGCCAUACCAGCCCCCUGAUGUUCAGCAUGUCUGGUUUCUUUAUUCUUUUGCCGAUGGCGAAAACACCUCUGGGAAGGAGGGGCAGCCUGCGUGCGCUCUGCCCCAGUGGCUGCCCUUCUUCCUAUGACCUGUGUGUGAUGCCUCAGACUCAGUCUCGCCAUGGUUGUCCAGCUAAAAACCUUACUCAACCUUUUCGCGCGCUCAUAUGCUGCUGCUCCCCAAAGUAACCUAGCUUUCUGCUCAGUAAGAUGUCUUGUUUACAUGCCACAUCAGGGACUUGGCGAUACUUGAAAAAUCUUAGGAGAAAGAAAAAAUACAGCAUGGUCACACAGCCCGUCUCCCGCGAGGGCUAUUAGGUUAACCCUGCUGGUGGCUGACCUAUGGGAACAGCGAGCUUCCUCUGCAAAAGCCUGUAGUUGGGAGACAUAUUUUCCAGGCUCUCAGUUCCAGAAGUUUCCACAUCUUGAAUGCUGUGUUCACCUGCGGAACUUCAAUAACCAGGCCGAGGAUAAAAGUUGUUGCUAGACAGAGGCUUACAACCCACAACCCCCAUCUCCCUCUACCAGGCAGCCAGGGAGUGGGGUACAGUCCAGCCUCUGCUUCAGUUUGGGCCACUGACAAAUGAUGGUGUGGAAUCCUUGCUCCAGGCCAGCUGGAUUUGGAGUAUAGGGUUGUGCGUGGGUCUGUGAAUUCACUGACAGCAAGCAAUCGGUUGGAUUGAAAGCCAGUAUUGGGGUCCCUGCAGCAAGAGGGCUCUCAGGAAGACUCUGGGAACCAUGUGCAAUAUGUGUUAAUUCUGUCUCUUGGCUUGUGCUCAGUGUGGGUUUUUUUGGGGGGUGGGGUUGGUUCAGAGUUGGGGAGACACCCGUCAGAAUUGGGAGGUGCAAAGAACUACAGAAGAAUUUUUUGUUUGUUUUUAAGGAAAACCAAGGUUGGUUUUCCUGAUUCAUUUGCCAGUCCCAAGGUUGGGAGUGGGAGCGGGGGCAGCCAGUGGCUGCUGAGUAGGAUCCGAGGCUGAUUUUCUUCACAGCUGAAGCCCCAGCGUGGGAACGGGAGAUGGAAGAGCCUGGAUGGGAAGCAGGCUCUGCCACUUGGUUACGUUAGCAUAGGAACCUGCACACCGGUUUGUUGUUUUUCUUUUUUCCUUUGCCAGCCUCCUUCUAUUUAUGUGCAACUGGUUUGGAUUCCAAGUUACUGUAUCUUUCUCUUUGGGGACUAAAGGUUGAUUGAGCCUCACAGAAAAGUGCGUCCCCACAAUAAACACGUCACCUGCUCAUGGUCUCUGUUAUUUUCCUGGGUUUCUCUCCCCACCUCCUCCCCCCUCUCCCAAGUCAGCCCUGGUGGCCUCUCCGCUCGGAGCUCGGCCUCCUUGGAGACACGGACUGGGCAGCUGGAGUGAGUGAGUGUUGACAUCCCACCUCUUGCAAAAAACCAAAGCAGAUGUACGUGAGGGAGAUUAAUUUUCAGGUAUUGGCUCAUGCGAGUAUGGGGGCUGGCAAGUUAGCGAUUUGUAGGGCAAGCCAGCCGGCUGGAAAUUCAGGUAAGUGUUGAUGUUGCAGGUGAAUCCAAGCCUGUCAGACAAGUUGGAAAUUCAGAAGGAUUUCUAGGUUACAGUCUUGGAGGCGAAUUCUUUCUCCAAGAAACUUCAAAGGGCCUUCAACUGAUUGCACAAGUCCUGCCCACUUGGUGGAGGGCCUUCUCCUGUACCUUAGCCUCCUGAUUGUCAAUCUGGUGUAGCCCUUGUCAUGCUGUCAUUUCCUUCCCCUUUUUCUCAUAGCUGUCCAGCAUCUGAAACAAGCUUGCUGCUUGGCUUACUUGGGUUGAUGGCUGUGGCCUCAGGCCCCUCACCCAAGCAAGGAUAACUUCUGGUCUCAGUGGCCCCAGUCAGAACAGCGGCGUGGAUGAGCAUUUGUCGGGUGCACAGCACCAUGCUAAGGAAUCUGCUUGUCGUAUUUCUUAGAAUCAUCCCAGUAACUGGGGCCUCCCUGGUGGCGCACAGGCUUAAGACGCAGCACUGUGAAGCUACCCAAAGCCACUGCAUCACAAAUUCAAUCCCUGGGCAGAGAGGUGACCCACACACAUGGCGCAGCAGACCUCUCCUGACUCGCCCGCUGCUCCCCUCAGCAGUGUAUUUCAGUCAGUCUGCCUGUUCUGUUCCCAACUCUGGUGAAUCCUCUCACCCCCUAUACCUCUGGCCUGUACCCCAGCUCUUGUAUGCAUAAAUAAAUCUUUAAAAAAAAAAAUCCUAGUACUGCCAGGUAGAGGUUACCAUGAGCUGUAUUCUACAGACUGGAAAUUGGGGAGCAUGGAGAAAUUUGUCUAGGGACAGCAAGAACGGGCCUGAAGCUGCCCUACACCCUGUAGCAUCUUUUCACCCCUUUGACUUCUCUCCCUGCCUCCAGAAUCCUCACUUCUUUAAUAGUGUCUGCUAGUUUAUAUAACUUUUACCUUGCCAAAUCAUCCACGUUGUAAACAUCUGAUACAUAUCUGUCAUUCUGACUUGCUUUGCUUUUUUAAAGAUUUACUUACAUGGGCCUCCCCCAGUGGCGCAGCAGUUGAGCGCUGGCUUGUGAGGCUGCCCGCAGCCUCUGCAGCACCAGCUCGAUCCCCGGCCACCUGUGAGGGUCCCACAAAAAAAAAAAAAAAAAAAAAAAAAACCAUCCAGAUUUACUUAUGCAUAGAACUGAAAUGUAGGUCAGUGGUGCAGGGGGUGAGAGAAUUCAGAGACAGGGCAGGGAGCAGAACAGGCAGAUCUACUGAAAUACACCGGUGGGGGGAACAAUGGGCGAGACAGGAGAGGUCUGCUGCGCCAUGUGGGUUAGUUCCCUGGCCCAGGAUCAAACUCAGGCCGCAGUGGCUGGCGAUAGCUUGAUAGUGCUGAGACUUUAAUCCCUGUGCCACCAGGGAGGCCCCUCUUCUUUUUUUUUUUAAGCUUUGAAUUUUAUUAAAGGCUCUUUAGGGGGUAACAGCACAGACUAUGGAAAGUCUUCCUGGUCAUGUGAAAUCCAAUUCUGUAAUUCAAUCUGAGUGUUCUGAGACUUUAGACCAAAUUGAGUUUGAAGCUCAAAUUGUCAGCAUCUGCAGCCCCUUUUUUUCUUUGGGGGGGUAACUGGUUUACAAUGUUGUGUGUGUUUUAGAGGUACAGGAUCUCCCCCUUCAGGUUAUUGCUACACCAAAUCAUCCAUAGUCUACCAGCACAGCCCACUGCUCUUCCUCACUGUGCUCUUGCCUCUCCUGCUUCCCUCUGGUAGCCUCAGUCUAUAGUCAGAUUUCUAGGAUUUAUUAUUUGACUUCAUCUGGCCCUUAAUCUUGUUUCCUCAAUAUUCCACAUAUAAAUGACACCAUUCAGUACUUUAACCCACCUCUUUCUGAUCCAGUUCUCUGUGGACACUUAAGUUGUUUCCAUGCCCUCCUAUUGUUUUUAUAUAUAUAUAUAUAUAUAUAUAUACACACACACACACACAAGAAUUGGGGUACAGGCCACAGGCGCGGGAGGGUGAGAGGAUUCACCAGAGACAGAGUG